CUCAACCCUUCAAUCCAAGAUAUCGGAAAUUUCCCACUUGGAUUUUACCCAGAGAAUGUGUCUCAACAAUCUCUCUGCGCUCAACUUUAAUCUCUCCGAUCUUAAACGAAGGCACAGCGAUCUCGGUCACCAGUUCACUGAGAUGGAAACGAAGUACAGAUCUGUCAACGAAACCAAGGCUCAAAUCUGUGAAUUGUUGACCAGCAGAAAAGAGCAGACAUGUCCUCCGAACUGGAUCGAAAACGAGAAUCGGUGUUAUUUCAUAUCUUCCUUGGAGAAGCCUUAUAAUGGAGCGAGGGAACACUGUUCGAACCUUGAUGCAAGGCUCCUCGAAAUAAAUUCACCCGAGGAAGAGGAUUUUGUGUCCAUCUCUAUCGUCACUCGAUUCAGAACUUACUGGAUUGGAAAAUGCAGAGACGGGACUGUGUCCCCUGAUCUUCUGUACAAGAUGUUCUUUAAAUGGCACACCUGCAGAGAAUGCAACUUGCAUUCACAGAGCUACAGUUGUAACAGUACAUACAGAUUCAUCUGUAAAAAGUCGGCACGUUUAUACCAGGAUAUUCCAGAAGAGAUCAAAGGUCUCUGUCAACAGACUGUCGGGCCGAUUUGA